UUGUUCCAGGUCAACGGCUCGUGGGGUCUGCCCGCGUUCGUCUGUGACGUAUACAUAGCGAUGGACGUCACAUCGUCCACGUCCAGUAUAUUCAACCUCGUCGCCAUAUCUGUUGAUAGGUACAUCGCAGUAACUCAACCAAUCAAAUACGCGAAGCACAAGAACAACCGUCGCGUUUGGUUCACCAUUGUCCUGGUCUGGCUGAUCUCCGCCGCCAUCGGCGCGCCCAUCGUGCUCGGCCUCAACGACACUCCCGACAGGAACUUCGACGAGUGCCUCUUCAACAGCCAGAACUACGUCAUCUACUCCUCUCUUGGUUCCUUCUAUAUCCCCUGCAUCAUGAUGAUGUUCCUUUACUAUAAUAUUUUUAAGGCUUUAAGAAUACGAGCAAAAAAGCAGAGAGCAGCUAAAAAACCUCCAGUAUCUGGUGACCCCACUACUGGAGCCACUACAGCGGUGGUGAUAGAGAAUGUUGCGCAGACGAGGCGGCUGGCGGAGACCGCACUGCAUGACGACAGACCCACUAACACUGGUUCUGGGAGCAAUGAAGACGAUCAUGAAGACAGUUUCGACAAGCGGUCAGCGGACCUGGAAGCAGAUGCUGAUGACUGCCACGUCAUCCCGAACGACAAGUCAACAGAGUUUAUGCUGGCCACAGUCGCCGAGGAAACAGCCAAUACUCCAAAGAGAAACGUCAAGUGCCAGCCAAUUCCCGACCCAAAUGGGAACAACGACUCAGGGUACGCGCCUUCCAACCUUGAGGACACGAUCAGGGAGCACGUGUCCCCUCCUGGAUCCCCAGGAAUGAAAGACGCCACAGUUCUGAAGAAUAUGGGCUGUGAUAGUGCCAAGUGGAAGAAGAAUGGGAAGACUACGAAGCUGUCUGCAGAUUCCAGAAAUGUGUCUUUAGCUCUUCGCUCGGAUGAUGACGUGACAGCUAGUAAUUUUGAUCUUCGAGAUGGCUCUGGGUCUAAGAAAGAAAGAAAGGCGAGUGCAGCGACUGCUCGCUUCACGAUAUACAAGGCAAAUAAGGCCAGCAAGAAGAAAAGAGAGAAGUCUUCUGCUAAAAAGGAAAGGAAAGCUACUAAAACUUUGGCCAUAGUUUUAGGUGUAUUCCUCUUCUGCUGGGCACCAUUCUUUACGUGCUCUGUCCUCGGAGCCAUCUGCGACAAGGUUGGCCUGUCCUUUGACCCUGGGGUCACGGUCUUCAUCCUCACGACGUGGCUCGGCUACAUCAACUCGUUCCUCAACCCCGUCAUCUACACCAUCUUCAACCCUGAGUUCAGGAAGGCGUUCAGGAAGAUACUCCAUUGCGGCACCUAGCCCGUGGACUAUUUGGUCGUCUUCACACAGUAGAUCUCGAUUCGUUCGGAGAUUCGAUCCUUUCAUAUUAUUGUGGAUUAUAUUGGUAUCAUAAGUAAAUCACUUCUUAUCUUAUCGAAUGUUUUGAUGAAAUUAUCAUAGCAGCUUAGCUGAAUGGUAUGGCAUCGAAUUAUGAAAACCAAAAUGAUCCAUAAUAUAUUUGAAAAAUCUCCAACGAAAUGUAGUGUUUUUCGUUUUCUAAGAGAUCUACUAGACGACCAAAUUGUACAAAAAUGUACACUCCAUAUAAACUGUUUAUAAUUUAAUGUGAUAAAUCAAUAACGUGUCAUGUGUUAGAAGUAGAACAAUAGCAUAUCAUGUGUAAUUAAAAGAAAUUUGUAAUUUAUAAAAUUAUAACUUAUUGUAAAAAUGUAUUGGUAUUGAAUAGCUUGCUUAUAGCUCAUAUUCUAGUCAUCAGUAUUAUAUGCCAAAGAAUCUAGAAGCGAUGUGACUAAGCUUUAGUUAUUUUUAAGGUUGUGAUUAUUUUAAUUUUCCAAUUUGUCGCUGGACGUUUUUUUAUCUGUAAAAUACUGUAAUUGUACAAUCGACACCAAAAGUAUUAGAUAUUAUAUUAAAAUGAUAUUUUAUAAUUAAAAUACUUGUAUGUAUACCACAAAAAGACAAAGUAGUGAAAUAAUUAAGCAAUCCAAAGUAUAACUUUUAUUUCAAUUUACCGAGCCUCUAGAAACUAUAAGUUUUGACUAAAUAUUGUUUAAUUGUAUAAAAUAUUGCUGUUCUAUACUCCAACCUAUUAAUACUUCUUGGUAAAAAGUAAAACUAUUAUGUGUUUAGUUGGCACUUGACUCCAUGGGAGAAGGUAUUAACUAAUGUCGAUCAAUCACUUAA